CGACGGCUAGAUACUAUCUAUUUGGGCGAACGAGUUAAUAUGGAAGAGGCCGGAAGGAGGAAGUUGUGAUGAAAUCGGUGGAAUCUUGGUUGAUGCCUCGCGAUGCCUGCCCCGGCCUGAUCCUGACUAAGCCGGGCAGCCCCCGGCCAGCCCCCGGCCAGCCCACACCGCCAUUCCCGAUCGGGCAACUCGAAUUUCCCCGUCGACGGCUUCAAUCGUUCCAUCUGCCUUCUUUCUUGAUUCUCCCUCUCCACCUCCCUCCUCCUCUUCCCCUCCGUCGGUCCAUUGCAUCCCCUGUUCCCCGUCCCCGUCCUCCGGCACUUCACCAUGCGCUGCCUUAGCUUCACCGUGGCGCUCCUGGCCCUUUUUGCCGGCCUGUACACCUACCUGGACGCGCGUCUCGAGCAGUUCUACAUCUUCGAUCCCGCGCACCUGCACGACCUCUCGCAGCGCGCCAUCGCGGCCCACGGCAAUGACACCCGCCUGGUCGUCGACUACAUUGUCGCCGAGCUGGACGAGAAGGUCCCCGGCACGCACCUGAACCUGGACCAGGAGUGGGUGUUCAACAAUGCCGGCGGUGCGAUGGGGGCAAUGUAUAUUAUCCAUGCUAGCAUCACCGAGUACCUGAUCAUUUUCGGCACCGCCAUCGGCACCGAGGGCCACACCGGCCGCCACGCCGCCGACGAUUACUUCAACAUCCUCCAGGGAACCCAGCUCGCCUACGUGCCCGGGUCCUUCGAGCCCGAGGUCUACCCCCAGGGCAGCGUGCACCACCUCCGCCGCGGCGAGGUCAAGCAGUACAAGAUGGACGAGUCGUGCUUCGCGCUGGAAUACGCGCGUGGUUGGAUUCCCCCGAUGCUGUUCUUCGGCUACGCGGACACCUUCUCCAGCACCCUGGACUUCCCGACUCUGUGGGCGACGUCGAGAAUCACCGGUCGUGAGAUGAUCUCCAACGCGCUUAAGGGGAAGAUGUAAACUACCGACGGUCGGGGUAUAUGUACACUAUCUAUCAUCUUGUUACAUUACAUGUGUUAUUAGAUUGACGGCGGUUGUCAUAGAAUACACUAUCUUUAGUCCUUUCUGCUCUGCCUGCGGCUGUUGUGUUUAUUUUCCAUCCCUUCCGGCCAAACAAACAAACCAUGCAAACAGCCAGCCUAUCUGACUAAUCCCUGCCUUAUCGAUAGUUAACUCCGCCGUUAUCGAAAAUUCUCCCCUCAUCGCUU